AUGGUCAUGCAGUGGGCACGACAACAAGGAUUCACAUGGAAUGAACAGACGUGUGCUGCAGCUGCUAAGAAUGGACAUUUGGAAAUGCUCCAAUUUUUGAGAGAGAAUGGCUGCCCAUGGAAUGAAGAGACAUGUGCUGCAGCUGCUUGUGGUGGACAUUUGGAAAUUAUAAAGUGGGCUCGUGAAAAUGGUUGUCGAUGGGAUGAAAGUACAUGCCUUCUUGCUGCUCAAAAUGGCCAUUUGGAAUUGCUCCAAUGGUUGCAUGACAAAGGUUGCCCAUUGGAAAGAGAUAUAUGCCGGUAUGCUGCAGAAAAUGGACAUUUGGAAGUUCUAAAGUGGGCUCGUACACUUGGUUGUCACUGGGAUGAGUACACAUACUUAUGUGCUGCCAAAAAUAACCAUGUGGAAAUUCUAAAGUGGGCUCAUGAAAAUGGUUGUCCAUGGAAUGAAUUGGCAUGUCAACGUGCUGCUGAAAAUGGACAUAUGGAAGCCCUCCAAUGGUUGCAUGAGAACGGUUGUCCAUGGAGUGAAAACACAUGUGCAUAUGCUGCUCUAUGUGGACAGCUGGAAACUCUCCAAUGGUUGCAUGAAAACGGUUGUCCAUGGAAUGGGACGACAUGUGCUGGAGCAGCUCGAUGUGGACAUUUGGAAAUUCUAAAGUGGGCUCAUGAAAAUGGUUGUCCAUGGGACGCAGAUACAAUAAUGGCCGGUGCUGCUAAAGGUGGACAUUUUGAAAUGUUGAAGUGGGCUCAUGAAAAUGGUUGUCCAUUGGAUGCAGAUACAAUAAUGGCCGGUGCUGCUAAAGGUGGACAUUUUGAAAUGUUGAAGUGGGCUCAUGAAAACGGUUGUCCAUUGGAUGCAAAUACAAUAAUGGCCGGUGCUGCUGAAAAUGGCCAUUUGGAAAUGUUGAAGUGGGCUCUUGAAAAUGGAUGUCCAUGGGAUGCAGAAAUAUGUGCCAGUGCUGCUAGAAAGGGCCAUUUGGAAAUGUUAAAGUGGGCUCGUGAAAAUGGUUGUCCAUGGAAUGAACGCACAUAUCGAGUUGCCUGCAUGUAUAACCAAAGCGAAGUGAUCCAGUGGUUGCGCAACAACGGCUGCCCUGGGUCUCGUGAUGAAGAUGGGUCUCGUGAUGAACAUGAAGAUGACGAAGUGAUCCAGUCGUUUUUUCGCAGUUUACGCGACAAUUGA